AGUGGGCCGGUGCGAGACAGAAAACAUCUGAAAGUCAAAAUCAGCCAGCAUCUCUCGUCCUCCAGCCAAAUUUAUUGACAUUUGGCAGCCGCCCUUGUUCGUCGGGCCCAGGGAGUGGGGACCGCAGGGCCUGAGCUACACAUAAACCUGCCAUGCUGGUCCUGAUGGCGGAUUAGUCACACGAGAGAGGAGCGCAAAGAUAGUUUGAAGACGAAGGUUUUGACGCCACUAUAAAAAUGGACAACUCAGCCGAAUGCGAUUCCAACAAGAGCAUGAAAAACCUGGGCGUGAUGGUGAAGAGCAUGCUGCAGGAGCUGCAGAAUAUGCAGCAAUUCCACGGGGCCGGAUACAUCUCUGAAAAACUGUACUGCCUUCUGCAACUCUACCUGCAGAACAACAAAUCAUGGAACCCUGCCGUCGACCUUCUGCAGUGCCUCAGCGACCUCAAGGACGCUUCUUUGGUUCCCAGCGCUGCGUAUUUACAAAUGCUAACCAGUCGGAUAACCCUAGACAGUCAAGCUCGACUUGUGUUGCGAGACAAUUUUAAAAUAAUUCUGCCCUUCGAACAUUAUGCCAAUGCAGUCAUGCUGAAGCACAUGAAUGGUCCUCAAGGCAUGCACCUUGGCAUUGAUGCCACAAUCCGAGCAGUCAUGGAGUCUUACACUGUAGGCAGAGAACACUUUGGCAUGGACAAAGAGUUCAUAAUCGACGUGGUGCAAAACUGUCCCAACCCUGCCUGUCGCUUUUACAAAAUGGACAAUAUGAAUCGGAAGCAGUUGGAGCAGAUGAAGACGGCGGGUCAGCAGCCGAUGGAGCAGUACGCCCAAAAGAUGCAGAUGGAAAUCAACAAGCAGCACUUCCAGCAGCCCAACAAGCAGUUUCUAGUCACUAAAGCAAAAGCCACUCAUGAUUACAACGCAGAGGUGCAGUACCCAACGCAGGUGGUAGCAGACCUGAACCAGAACAACAAUCAACAAUCUGUGAACAAUCAAAUGGCAGAGCAGUCCGAGCGACUGACCGAUCUCUUGAGGGCAAAUUUGGACAGCAUAGAGGGCUUAACUGAAGCUAAAGACUUUUUAUCUUUGCACAAUGGACUCUGGCCGCUGCUGGAUGGAAACGAAAAGAGGACUUCGAUGCCGAUUGAAGAAUUUGAAAUGCCAGGGCAGGAAAAGAUAGUGAGAACGUUUUCCGAGCUAAUGAAAAACAUGGCUAGGAUGAAGACUUGUGUUCGACCGUCCAUGUGCAAGCCGUACGGGAAACAAUCCGAGUCUCUGCAAAAAACUCUGGUUGACACAAUCCAGCUAGUCCAAAGCUUGAGGUCGUUCUUACCCCCGCCGCACAUCACAGUAACAAGUUGGAAAGAGGAGGAGCACAAGCAUAGGCCCGGCUCCAAAAGUAGCUUGAGAGUGCUGAGCAAACAGAACUCCACAGGGGGCCCUUCUGACCCAGGAAUGACCCCAAUGCAGGUCCCACCCAUGAUGGCCGAAAACCUGCAACACCUGGUGCGACCAAAGGGCAAGUACGAGUAAGAGAGAGAGAGAGAGCUGUGAUACUACCAGUCUAGUUCUGCUCAUGAAGAAGAGGAAAGGAAAAGAAACUACCGCUGGCUAACAGGAAUGAAAACAAUUCAUAAUAAUAAUUAACGCAUUACUAGCUACUAAGGUUUUGGUAAUUUUUGCUGUGAAUUCAAUGUGAGAAGGAUCAUAAUUAUCGAUGGCUUCAAAUUUAGCAUUUACAGCCGAGAAUCUGAUUCUUGUCAUUUUUCUUGUCAGGGUUGGGGGAAACGUCACCGAGCUCUCUACAGGCACAAAAAAAAAACGAUCAAAAAGCUGCUCCAUUCUAAGCAGUAUUGACUUGAAAAUUCCCUUUUAUAAUUUUUAUUUAACCCAAAAAUGGCAUUUUGGUGAUAAAAUUUGCUCAAUUUACAAAAAGAGAGGAACUGCCACCAUUUAAAACAACUUGUUUUCUCCAACCCCAAUUUUCUCGUGAUUCAAAUUCAGUGUGAUCAAUUUCUAGUGUGUUGAUGUUUAUAAUUGAAAUUUUUUAUUCUCUCUUGUUGAUUAGAGUUCAAUAUGAAAAGAGAUUUAGCAUUAUGAAAAGAAAGUAGACAAGAAGCCAAAAGGAAAAGUUUGACUGCGAUAUCAAGCAUGCUUUGAAGAUGGACUGUUUUCUACAAAUGGAAAAGGAUAUUGGCAUAAUGAUGACGAUUUUACUAUCACAUUAGAACUCUGACUUAGCAGGCAUAAUUAAAUCAGGUAUUUAAAAGUCUUCAAAGCAAAAAAUUUUAGCUAGAGUAAGGCAUCUAAUUAAAACUAAACUCUUACCUCUAGAAUUAUUAUGCCCUUGUUAAACUGCUGCAGGCAGCUUAUUUAACACUUCCUAUUUUGUGAAAAUUCAUUUUUUUGUUUUCAACUACACACUACACAUAACAAAGUUCAACAGCUGCAGUACAAGAAAUGAAAAAACAGUAUAAUGGAGCUAAAAUGUACAAGUCUUAAUUUCCCUUUUUUCCAUUUUUAUUUGAAAAGCUCGCAAUAACAAAUGGUUUUAAUCAAAACUUUAUAGAUUUUGGUUAAGGAUAUUCGGAAUUAUUUUCAAGACUGUUAAAGUUAUCUUGUAUGUACACAACCAAUUGUUUGAAUAAACCUUUUGUGAGUUCAAAAUGCUACAA